GAAUCUAAGAGAAGGUCGUUGGCCGGUUCCAUCGUCCAGAGCGGCAGGGGUCGCUUGGGCGGAGUUGGGAGGAAACGCGCCUCCAUAUUGGCUGGGAAUAAAAAGGGCGGUGUUUAGCGCUCGGUUGGUCGGGUGGCGGGGAUCCAGGACGCCAGGGCCCGAGCUCAAAUUUCCCGGGCCGGGAGCGCGGGGCCUGCUGGGAAGGCGCCGGGUUGGUUGUGUAUCGGGCGGGCGGCGGUGGCCGCGGGGGGCUUCGCCAUGCAGAGCACAGACCUGGGCAACAAGGAGAGCGGCAAGUUGUGGCACCGCAAGCCCUCCCCGGCCGCUCGGGACGGAAUUAUAGUGAACAUCAUUCACAGCUCUUCUGAUUACCUUCCCAAAGUCUUGCGAUUUUUGAACGUGGCUUUUGAUAGCUCAGGUGAUUGCUUAAUUGCCGGGGACCAUCAAGGAAAUAUCUAUGUUUUUGACUUGUAUGGAAACAGGUUUAAUCUUGUUCAGCGAACGGCACAAGCUUGCACAGCUCUGGCCUUUAAUCUCCGUAGGAAGUCUGAGUUCCUUGUGGCGUUAGCUGAUUACUCUAUUAAAUGUUUCGAUUCAGUUACCAAGGAGCUAGUUAGCUGGAUGAGAGGACACGAAUCAUCAGUAUUUUCGAUCUCUGUGCACGCAUCAGGGAGAUAUGCCAUCACUACUUCUUCUGAUACGGCACAGCUGUGGGACUUGGACACCUUUCAGAGAAAAAGAAAGCUGAAUAUUCUACAGUCUGUGGGAAUACAGAAGGUUUUCUUUUUACCAUUAAGUAAUACCAUCCUCAGCUGUUUUAAAGAUAAUUCCAUCUUCGCCUGGGAAUGUGACACUCUUUCUUGCAAAUAUCAACUGCCAGCUCCACCUGAAAGCUCUAGUGUAUUAUACAAAGUGUUUGCCGUGACCAGAGAUGGUCGAAUCCUGGCUGCUGGGGGUAAAUCAAAUCACCUUCACUUGUGGUGCUUGGAAGCUAAACAGCUAUUUAGAAUUAUUCAGAUGCCUACUAAAGUUCGAGCCAUUCGCCAUCUAGAAUUUCUUCCUGAUAGUUUUGAUGCUGGUUCUAAUCAGGUUCUUGGAGUGCUAAGUCAAGAUGGUAUCAUGAGAUUUGUUAAUAUACAGACUUGCAAACUUCUCUUUGAAAUCGGGAGCCUUGAUGAAGGAAUUAGCUCAUCAGUAAUUAGCCCACAUGGACGGUACAUUGCAUCCAUUAUGGAAAAUGGAAGUCUGAACAUAUAUUCAGUUCAAGCUCUAACACAAGAAAUAAAUAAGCCACCUCCUCCCUUAGUGAAAGUGAUUGAAGAUUUGCCUAAGAGUAAACUGAAUUCUGGUGGCCUUAAGAUGAAAGUCACAUCAGGAAGAGUUCAGCGGCCAGCAAAAUCAAGGGAAAACAAAAUACAAGCCAGAAUAUUAAAACAAGACCUGACUGGUAAUUUUGAAAAUAAAGAGAAUGAGGUGUCAGAUGGAUUAAACAAAAAGCGUUUACAAAUCUUAUUAAAAGGCUAUGGUGAAUAUCCAACGAAAUACAGAAUGUUCAUUUGGCGCUCUCUGCUACAACUGCCUGAAAAUCAUACUGCAUUUAGUAGCCUGGUGGAUAAAGGUGUUCACGUGGCAUUUCUCAACCUUCAGAAGAAAUACCCCAUCAAAAGUAGGAAACUACUCAGAGUAUUACAGAGAACGCUCUCCGCAUUAGCUCACUGGUCUGCCAUCUUUAGCGACACACCGUAUCUUCCACUCUUGGCAUUUCCGUUUGUAAAAUUAUUCCAGAACAACCAACUCAUCUGUUUUGAAGUUGUUGCUACUCUCAUAAUCAAUUGGUGUCAACACUGGUUUGAAUAUUUUCCUAAUCCUCCUAUCAAUAUUCUCAGUAUGAUAGAAAAUGUUCUGGCAUUUCACGACAAAGAACUACUGCAGCAUUUCAUAGGUCAUGAUAUAACUUCCCAGCUGUAUGCAUGGCCUCUUCUUGAAACCGUUUUUUCAGAAGUACUAACAAGAGAGGAGUGGCUAAAAUUAUUUGAUAAUAUCUUUUCCAACCAUCCUUCAUUCCUCCUGAUGACUGUCGUGGCUUACAACACAUGUUCCAGGGCUCCUCUGCUCAACUGCAGUCUCAGAGAUGAUUUUGAGUAUUUUUUUCAUCAUCGGAAUAACCUGGAUAUAAGUGUUCUGAUUAGAGAAGUUUAUCAUCUCAUGGAUACCACUCCUACCGAUAUUCAUCCGAACGGCAAGCUUGAUGCUUUUGUGGCGUUGACGAAAGGGCAAUAUCCAGUAUUUAACCAGUAUCCAAAGUUUAUUGUGGACUAUCAGACACAGGAGCGAGAACGAAUAAGGAAUGAUGAGUUGGACUUCUUAAGGGAGAGGCAGAUGGUUGAAGAUAUGCAAGCUGAAGUAGACCAGCAAAGAGUUGAAGAUGCAGCUUGGUACCAAAAACAAGAACUACUUCGUAAAGCUGAGGAGACAAGGAGAGAAAUGCUCUUACAGGAGGAGGAGAAGUUGGUACAGCAGAGACAGAGACUAGCUUCUGUGAAAAGAGAGCUGAGAGCGAAGGAAAUGCACUUACAAGAUGCUACAAGGAGGCGCUUUCUGAAGCUUCAGCAAGAUCAGCAUGAAAUGGAACUAAGAAGACUGAACGAUGAAAUCGAGAGAAAGGUACAUAUGAGAGAUCAAGAAAUUGCUACUACAGCGAAAGACCUAGAAAUGAGACAUCUGGAACUGGAAUCACAGAAAAGACUUUAUGAGAAGAAUCUUAUUAGAAAUCAGGAAGCUGUUGCAAAAGAAAUGAGAGAAGAUGCAGAUACCUAUAGACGAAAAGUGGAUCUUGAAGAACACAUGUUCCAUAAACUGAUAGAAGCAGGUCAAACUCAGAACCAAAAAACUCAGAAGUUAAUUGAAGAAAAUUUGGCAGAAGCUGAACAAGCAUGUCUAAAUGCCGACUGGCGAAUUCAAGCUUUACAUAAACAAAGAUGUGAUGAUCUACAGCGGAACGCAUGUUACCAGGAAGUGGCCAAACUCCUUCAGGAAAACAGAAGGAAAGAAACAGAAGUAUUGAAUGCAAUGGUGGGGGAGGGAGCUAAAAAGUGGGAAGAAGCUAAAGAAAAAGACUUUCAUCUGAAGUCAGAAAAGAAAGCUUCGGCUCUCUCAGAUGCAUCUCGAAAGUGGUUUCUGGAGAAAGAGCUAGAUGAUGCUUUAGAACAUGCUGAACAUCCGUAUAAUACAGAUUAAAAAAAUACAUACUCAGGACCUCACCUACAGUGAUUGAAUUAGGGAGAAUUGGGAUAGAAGCUAGAAAGCUGGAUUUUUGUUGUACAAUUUCAUAGGUGAGUCUGCUCAGCAGUGUGUGAAACAUGGCUGUAGGCAGAGGGGACCAUUCGGCACUGGAACAGGUACCUCGUGUUUACACCGUGGCCCUUUGUGAAGGGGACGUAAACAGCCACGGGCACCAUGGGUUUUAGACGGAUGCGAGACAAGGCACAGUGGGGUCUCAGACUUGGAAGGAUCUGGAGAACCAGGGCCUGCCGUGUGAAUCCUCUCUGCGACACUACAGUAGCGAAUAGUGCGUAUCUAGCUUAUGCCAGAAUAUUACAGAGCUGGCGAGCUCACUACCUGAUUCUAUUUCUGCCAGUAUUUUAUUUAAAAGCUAUGUCUUCCUUCUGUAAAGUUGAAUAGGGUUUUGUGUGUGUGUGUGUGUGUGUGUGUGUUUUAGUAAAUUCUCUCAUUAGAAACCAUUCUCUGGAGCAAAUGCAGAUUAUAUCUAUUACCUCUGCCACAUGACAGCCCUUCAGAUAUUUUGAAGACGAGGCUUACAUUCCAUUUCCCCACACCAGUUCAAAUUAGUCAUUUGAUAAUUAGCCCCAAAUAGUCUUAAUGACUCAUUGAACCAUUAGCUAAAGCCCUUGAGACCAGGUAAAAGGCAGGCAUCUUAAUGAGUCAGUGUAACUCCAGUGGGCCUGACUCCUGGAGGCUUGGACCCUAGUAAUGGGAGAAGAAAGGAAGGAACAGUCAUGACUCUUGUGAGGAUGAAAAAUCAAAAAAAGACCUUGGUGUCUUACUGGAUGAAAGGCUGUAGGAGUUGGAGAACAGAGAAGACACAGCUGAGGGGCAAGUAUAACUUUUGAGAUGAGAGUGAUUCAGACCAGGGGAGGCCCCAGGUCGGUUCUGGAACACUGCUGUGCCAGCUGCUCCAGAAGGUCUCAGGGGCGCCUGCCUCUCGCAGCUUCUCGUUUGCUCUCUGCUGCUGAGAUUAGGACCCGCGUGCGGGAAGCCGCCAGAGGUGGGCUCCCCGUAGUCCUCGGGGAGGGCUUGCUCAUCACAGUUCAUGAUCUUUUCCAAGAAAUGUUUGGGAUUUCUGUCCUAACGUCGCUACUUUUGAAUUCUUUGUUGGCUUUUUGUUUUAGCUAAAGGUGGUUUUUUUUUUUUUAAUGUAUUUAUUUUGAGAGAGUGGGGGAGGGGCAGAGGGAGAAUCCCAAGCAGGCCCUGUGCAAGCAGAGCCCAACAGGGGCUCGAGCCCACAACCCGCGAGAUCGUGACUGGAGCUGAAAUCAAGCGUCGGACGCUUAACAGACUGAGCCACCCAGGUGCCCCUUGGGGACAUAUUUUAAAAACACCUUUAGCUAGCGGCGCCUAGCUGCCCUGCCAGUGGGAUUCUCUCUCUCUCUCUCUUCCUCUGCCCCUCUCCUGCUUAAGUGCUCUCUCCCUCUCUCAAGAAUAAAUCAAUUAAAAAUAAAUAAAUAAAAUACGUCAACAGAACUUCAGCUCUUCACUGCACUUACCCUGCCUCCAGAAUGGUGAUGGCGCUCCUCUCGAUAGAAACAUUAGGGGCUUUCAUCCUUGGCAGUUGUAAUUUCCUAGGGACGGUUUGCAAUUACGAAAGGCUUCCUACUCGCUCCCACAUGUCUUCUCUAUCUCC